AUGGAGACCCGUAACCUCGACCAUCGCCGCCAGAACUUCAAAGGCCGCACCCAGUUCUCUGCUGCAGAGCUCCGUCGUCGUCGUGAGGAGCAGCAGGUCGAGAUCCGCAGGCAAAAGCGCGAGGAGUCUAUCGCCAAGCGUCGCAACUUCCAGCCCGCUGCUGACGAUGUCGACUCUGACGACGAGACUGAGGAGUUUGGCGAGUCGUUACCGCAGAUGUUCCAGGAGAUCUACUCGAGCGACCAAGAGACCCAGCUUGAGGCCACCACCAAGUUCCGCAAGCUGCUCUCCAAGGAGAAGAAUCCCCCGAUCGACCGUGUGAUCGAGUGUGGCGUUGUUCCCCGUUUUGUCGAGUUCCUCAACUCGAACAAUGCCAUGCUCCAAUUCGAGGCUGCCUGGGCACUGACCAACAUUGCUUCGGGCACGUCGGAACACACCCAGGUUGUUAUCGCCAACAACGCCGUUCCCCUAUUCAUCCGCUUACUCUCCUCUCCUGUUCCCGACGUCCGUGAGCAGGCUGUGUGGGCUCUCGGCAACAUUGCCGGUGACUCGCCCAAGUGCCGCGACCACGUUUUAAGCCAGGGCGCGCUCCAGCCUCUGCUUCAGCUCCUCAACGAGAACCACAAGCUCUCGAUGCUCCGCAACGCCACCUGGACGUUAUCCAACUUCUGCCGUGGCAAGUCGCCCCAGCCUAACUGGGAGCUCAUUGCCCCCGCUCUGCCCGUUCUCUCCAAGCUCAUUUACUCGCUUGAUGACGAGGUCCUCAUUGACGCGUGCUGGGCCAUCUCGUACCUCUCUGACGGCACCAACGACAAGAUCCAGGCAGUCAUCGACUCGGGUGUCUGCCGCCGCCUCGUCGACCUGCUCAUGCACCCCUCGACCGCUGUCCAGACCCCUGCUCUCCGCUCGGUCGGCAACAUCGUCACCGGCGACGACUUCCAGACCCAGAUAGUCAUCAUGUCUGGUGCUCUCCCGGCGUUGCUGAGCCUGCUCUCGUCACCCAAGGACGGUAUCCGCAAGGAGGCGUGCUGGACCAUCUCCAACAUCACCGCCGGCUCGCCCAACCAGAUCCAGGCCAUUAUUGACGCCAACAUCAUCCCUCCCCUCAUCAACAUCCUCCAGCACGCCGACUUCAAGACCAGGAAGGAGGCCUGCUGGGCCAUCUCGAACGCCACCUCUGGUGGUCUUUCGGAGCCCCAGCAGAUCCGCUACCUUGUCAGCCAGGGCUGCAUCAAGCCCAUGUGCGACCUGUUGCAGUCGAUGGACAACAAGAUAAUCCAGGUGUCUCUGGACGGUCUUGAGAACAUUCUCAAGGUCGGCGAGAUGGACAAGGAGGCCGCAGGCCCGGGCGCGACCAACCAGUACGCCCAGUUCAUUGAGGAGGCUGGUGGCAUGUACUCGAUCCACAACCUUCAGCACCACGAGAACCUCGAGAUCUACAAGAAGUGCUUCUACAUCAUGGACAAGUUCUUCCCCGACGAGGAGGAGGAGGAGGCGGACGGGGCCGCCCCGGCCGUCGACUCUUCGGGCCAGUACGCCUUCCAGUCCAACGUCGCUGCUCCCCAAGGUGGCUUCAACUUUGGCGCCUAA